AUGAGCUCGGCCCUUCGGCGAGGGACUGCCCAGCCCCUUCGCUGGGCGACAGCAUCUUCCAGCGCCAUCACCAUCAACACUCUCCGACCAUGCCUCGCCGCCCGCCGUCACAUCCACUCUUCUGAGCGACGCACCAACACCAUCGUCGAGCAGACCCGCGACCCUCUUCCUCCCGCCGCCAGCAAGGCUCCUCUCUCCGUUCUGCCUCUGAUCAUGAUCCUGCGAUCUCUGGCCACCAUGACCGUCUCCUCCUCGCCUCUCCUCCUGCCUCCUUCUCUGCACGUCAUGGGAAUCCUAGCCAACACACACAACCCUAUCCUCAACCCCGACAAGAACCCUCUUCUCCGAUUCUUCCUCAAGAAGACCUUUUACGCUCAAUUCUGCGCUGGCGAGAAGUCACCCGAGAUCAAGAAGACUAUCGAUGGACUCAAGAACAUUGGUUUCAACGGUGUUAUUCUUAACUACGCCAAGGAGGUUGUUCUCUCCAAGGCCGAGGGUGCCGAUCUCAAGAAUGCCGCUAUCGAGACCGACGAGGCUAUCCAGAACGAUAUCCUCCCCUGGGCCCGAGGCACUUUGGAGACUGUCCGACUUGCUGAGGCUGGUGACUUUGUCGCUCUCAAGUUCACUGGUGCUGGUGCCAUCGCCCUUCACCAGCUGAAGGAGCGUCUUGGUCCCAGCCCCUCCAUGUACAAGGCCAUCGACUCUAUCUGCCAGCUCGCCCACGAGCGAGGUGUCCGUCUCCUCUUCGACGCCGAGCAGGACAUGCUCCAGGACGGUAUUGAUGACUGGACUCUCGAGUUCAUGCGCAAGUACAACAAGGGUCUCGGUGAGGCUGUCAUCUUCGGUACCUACCAAGCCUACAAGAAGAAGUGCCCCCAGGUUCUCUCCGACCACCUCAAGCUUGCUCAGGAGGAGGGCUUCGCUCUCGGUGUCAAGCUUGUCCGCGGCGCUUACCUCAACUCCGACCCCCGCGAGCUCUUCCACGACACCAAGGAAGACACCGACGCCUGCUUCGACUCCCUCUCCGCCAGUGUCCUCACCCGUGAGUGGAACGCUGAUGUUAAGGGAUCCGGCCAGUACCCCGUUGCCAGCCUUGUCGUCGCCUCUCACAACGCCGAGUCCGUCCGCAAGAGUCGUGCCAUCAUGGAGGCCGGCCGCGCCAAGUCCGACAUUGCUUUCGCCCAGCUGCAGGGCAUGGCCGACGAAGUUAGUUGCGAGUUGGUCGAGGCUAACCAGCUGGACAAGACUCGCAACCUGCCCGCCUACAAGUACCUCGUCUGGGGAACCACUGGCGAGUGCAUGAAGUACCUCCUGCGCCGCGCGCACGAGAACAAGGACGCCGUCCAGCGAACCAAGGGCAGCCGAGAUGCUCUCUGGGCUGAGCUUGUCCGACGAUGCAAGAGCGUCGUUGGCCUUGCUUAA